AUGACCGGGAAUCCAAAACCCAAAAACCCACUGAAAUCCGAAAUCGUCGACCCGAAAUUAAAGACCACGCUGACUUGGAGCGUCAAAAAUAAGUGCCCAGUACCCAAACCCAACCCAACCAAACCCAAACCAAAAUACGAAAUCGCAGCGGACUCUCUCAAGGUAGGUGAACUUUGUAAUGUUUGCCAUAUCGUGUCACCGUUGGAGUUCUACGUCCGGACUAACCCAACCUUCGAAAGUUUUGAGGUACAUAUUAACGACCUUUUAAACAAACAUUAUCAGUACGUGGGGAACAACUUCAAGUCGAAAGCGGAAGCAAAAGAGCAACUGGGGAAUUUUUGCUUGGGGUACUUGUCGGAGACGAGAAAGUGGUACCGAGUUGAAGUUUUAGACUGGAUGGAGGAUGAUCCAGACACAGUUUUAAUUCAGUUGGUGGAUUACGGCGACAAAUACAUCUACAGUUACACGAAACUGAAGAGAAUAGCUGACGAGUUGUACUCCCGGUUUCCAAAAAUGGCCACUUUGUGCCACCUUGCUGGUAUAUAUUGGCCCACAGAUGACCCAUGGCCUGCAACAACCAUACAAUUUUUGACAGAGAUGACUCGAGGAAGACAAUUUCUGGCCAUCUAUGUACACGAGGAACGAAAUUCGUGUGCUGUUGAUUUAAGGGAAACGGAAGACCCCAAUGCGGAAAGCUUGGGGGAGAUACUAAUCAAACAGGACUACGUUUUUGAAGAAAAUCUAGCCCCAAAGGAUGAUCUUGAUUUAGAUGCAGAAGACAAGGCUCGAAUUUCCCUUCCAAGUGACAAUCUUAAAGAAGACAGUCUUGAUUCAGAUGUAGAUGAUUUAGAUGAAUGCAACAUCAACGAAGUUGUAGCUGGCUAUGACGCGAAAGAUGAAGCUAGAAUUUGCCCUUUUACCAAUAGGUCAGGCGGUUGUUUCAAAAGGGAAAACUGCCGGCUUGAACAUGGUAGGCUGUCAAGAGAUGGCAUCACUACCGACAAAGUUCUAACAUUUAACCGGGCCAAAACUCAGUUCGUUUUACCUCCAGUUGGAGACAUGUUCGAAAUUUUAGUCACCGGCUACAUCAACACCUGCCACUUUUACGCGCAAAUUCUGGACAAUGGAAAUGCCAAACUGAGUCGUCUCACGGAAGUCAUGAACUCUGCCAAAACCGUACAAACUUACCACACUUUUAGAAUAUUUCCAGGAGUUGGAGAGGUGGUUCUGGUUAAAGACGAUGGUCAGUGGUACCGAGGACGCUGCAUCGACUACUCCGAAGACACACGUUUUGAAAUAUUCUUAGUGGACUUUGGGUACACGGUCACCAAGAGACUCAAAGACCUCAGAGAAAUGAAAGAAGACUUUACAUAUUUGCCGUUUCAAGCGGUGGAGUGCGUUUUACACAACUGUCAACAAAUACGGAGUGUGUCGUCGACCUUGGCGAAGUUGUUUUUUGAGUCUUCCAUGAAGAUGAAGAUUUUUAGAGCUCUUGUGUUGGGAACUACUGAUGAUUUCAUGAAGUUGCAGAUUUGGAAUUCGGAUUGUAAGGAUGUGGGUGAAGUUUUGAAGAAGUUUGGUUUAGGAGAGAAUAGGGAUGAGGGGUUUUAUUUUGUUGAUUGGCGUCGUCGUGACAGGAAAUCCGAAAUCGUCGACCCGAAAUUAAAGACCACGCUGACUUGGAGCGUCAAAAAUAAGUGCCCAGUACCCAAACCCAACCCAACCAAACCCAAACCAAAAUACGAAAUCGCAGCGGACUCUCUCAAGGUAGGUGAACUUUGUAAUGUUUGCCAUAUCGUGUCACCGUUGGAGUUCUACGUCCGGACUAACCCAACCUUCGAAAGUUUUGAGGUACAUAUUAACGACCUUUUAAACAAACAUUAUCAGUACGUGGGGAACAACUUCAAGUCGAAAGCGGAAGCAAAAGAGCAACUGGGGAAUUUUUGCUUGGGGUACUUGUCGGAGACGAGAAAGUGGUACCGAGUUGAAGUUUUAGACUGGAUGGAGGAUGACCCGGACACAGUUUUAAUCCAGUUGGUGGAUUACGGCGAAAAAUACAUCUACAGUUACACGAAACUGAAGAGGAUAGCUGACGAGUUGUACUCCCGGUUUCCAAAAAUGGCCACUUUGUGCCACCUUGCUGGUAUAUAUUGGCCCACAAAUGACCCAUGGCCUGCAACAACCAUACAAUUUUUGACAGACGUGACUCGAGGAAGACAAUUUCUAGUCAUCUAUGUACACGAGGAACAGGAAACGGAAGACCCCAAUGCGGAAAGCUUGGGGGAGAUACUAAUCAAACAGGACUACGUUUUUGAGGAAAAAGUAGCCCCAAAAGAUAAUCUUGAUUUAGAAGUAGAAGACAAUGCUAGAAUUUCCCUUCCAAGUGACAAUCUUAAAGAAGACAGUCUUGAUUCAGAUGUAGAUGAUUUAGAUGAAUGCAACAUCAACGAAGUUGUAGCUGGCUAUGACGCGAAAGAUGAAGCUAGAAUUUGCCGUUUUACCAAUAGGUCAGGCGGUUGUUUCAAAAGGGAAAACUGCCGGCUUGAACAUCGUAGAUUGUCAAGAGAUGGCAUCACUACCGACAAAGUUCUAACAAUUAACCGGGCCAAAACUCAGUUCGUUUUACCUCCAGUUGGAGACAUGUUCGAAAUUUUAGUCACCGGCUACAUCAACAACUGCCACUUUUACGCGCAAAUUCUGGACGAUGGAAAUGCCAAACUGACUCGUCUCACGGAAGUCAUGAACUCUGCCAAAACCGUACAAACUUACCACACUUUUAGAAUAUUUCCAGGAGUUGGAGAGGUGGUUCUGGUUAAAGACGAUGGUCGGUGGUACCGAGGACGCUGCAUCGACUACUCCGAAGAUACACGUUUUGAAAUAUUCUUAGUGGACUUUGGGUACACGGUCACCAAGAGACUCAAAGACCUCAGAGAAAUGAAAGAAGACUUUACAUAUUUGCCGUUUCAAGCGGUGGAGUGCCUUUUACACGACUGUCAACAGAAACGGAGUGUGUCGUCGACCUUGGCGAAGUUGUUUUUUGACUCUUCCAUGAAGAUGAAGAUUUUUAGAGCUCUUGUGUUGGAAACUACUGAUGAUUUCAUGAAGUUGCAGAUUUGGAAUUCGGAUUGUAAGGAUGUGGGUGAAGUUUUGAAGAAGUUUGGUUUAGGCGAGGAUAGGGAUAAGGGGUUUUAUUUUGUUGAUGGGGUUUGCGAAUAG